AUGGCGGCCUUCGGCCCUGGCAGCCAGAAUGUCACUGAGUAUGUGGUUCGAGUUCCCAAAAACACAACCAAAAAAUAUAACAUCAUGGCCUUCAAUGCAGCUGAUAAAGUCAACUUCGCUACUUGGAAUCAGGCCCGGCUAGAGCGAGAUCUGAGCAACAAGAAGAUUUACCAAGAGGAGGAGAUGCCUGAGUCUGGUGCAGGCAGUGAGUUUAACCGCAAGCUUCGGGAGGAGGCUCGGAGGAAGAAGUAUGGCAUUGUCCUCAAGGAGUUUCGACCUGAGGACCAGCCCUGGCUGCUCCGAGUCAAUGGCAAGUCGGGCAGGAAGUUCAAGGGUAUAAAGAAGGGAGGUGUGACAGAGAACACAUCCUACUAUAUCUUCACCCAGUGCCCUGACGGGGCUUUUGAAGCUUUCCCAGUCCACAACUGGUACAACUUCACGCCGUUGGCCCGGCACCGGACGCUCACUGCUGAGGAAGCCGAGGAGGAGUGGGAGAGGAGGAACAAAGUCCUGAACCACUUCAGCAUCAUGCAGCAGCGGCGGCUCAAAGACCAGGACCAGGACGAGGAGGAUGAGGAGAAGGACAAGCGUGGCCGCAAAAAGCCCAGUGAGCUGCGCAUCCACGACCUGGAAGACGACCUGGAGAUGUCGUCUGAUGACAGCGAGGCCAGCGGCGAGGAGGGCAGCAAAGCCCCCAAGGCCAAGAAGAAGGCGCCGAUGACGAAGGCAGGCCGGAAGAAGAAGAAGAAGAAGGGGUCAGACGAUGAGGCCUUCGAGGACAGUGACGAUGGGGACUUUGAGGGCCAGGAGGUGGACUACAUGUCUGAUGGCUCCAGCAGUUCUGAAGAGCCGGAGGGCAAGCCCAAGGUCAUCCAGCAGGAGGAGGGCCCCAAGGGCGUGGAUGAGCGGAGCGAAAGCAGCGAGGAGAGUGAGGAGGAGAAGCCUCCUGAGGAGGAAAAGGAGGAGGAGGAGGAGAAGAAGGCACCCACACCACAAGAGAAGAAGCGGAAGAGAGACAGCAGUGAUGAGUCUGACAGCUCAGAAGAGAGUGACAUUGACAGCGAGGCCUCCUCAGCUCUCUUCAUGGCUAAAAAGAAGACUCCCCCCAAGAGAGAGCGGAAGCCAUCAGGGGGCAGCUCAAGGGGCAAUAGCCGGCCAGGCACACCCAGCACAGAGAGUGGCAACACCUCCUCCACCCUUCGGGCAGCUGCCAGCAAACUGGAGCAAGGAAAGCGGACAAAUGAGACGACAGCAGCUAAGCGGUUGCGGCUGGACAGUGGACCCCAGAGCCUGUCUGGGAAGUCGACCCCUCAGCCCCAAUCUGGGAAGUCAACCCCCAGCAGUGGUGAUGUGCAGGUGACUGAGGACGCUGUGCGCCGCUACCUGACACGGAAGCCCAUGACCACGAAAGACCUGCUGAAAAAGUUCCAGACCAAGAAGACAGGGCUGAGUAGCGAGCAGACAGUGAACGUGCUUGCCCAGAUCCUCAAACGUCUGAACCCUGAGCGACCUGUUCGUCACAAUGGCCAUAGGAAGAGUCCUGCUCAGCUCUCUGCUGCUCCUAUGCCUGCAGCUGGGCCUCGGCGGGGACCCAGUGGUGGAGGAAACGCUCUCGGCUGA